AUGAUCACUACCGAAAGUGCAGAGAGUGGCGGAGACCAGAUUAGCUUUCAGCUGGAACCACUGAAGACCACGCACCUGCCUGGGAAAGCGACGACCAGUGACAGUCAAUCUCUCUACGCGGACAGUACGUCUACCGCCAAAGUGACGGUUAACGGGGUGCAUGAUAUUGAAGACAGGAUUCUUAGGAUCACAGGCUACUACGGCUAUUAUCCAGGAUACUCAAGUCAUAAAAGAGAGGAGGGUUCAGAGUCCCAAGCAGAGACGCCGGGCAGCGAGGCGAGCGGAGAGGGGACGUCCUACCAGACGUGUACCAACGCGCUCCUCAAGGUGCUGGGGGGGCUCCUGCUGGUACUGUGCGUGUCCUCAUCUUGGGUGGGCACCACGCAGGUGGUCAAACUCACCUUCCAGUCCUUCUCCUGCCCCUUCUUCAUCUCCUGGUUCAGCAGCAACUGGAACAUCCUCUUCUUCCCUCUCUACUACUCGGGCCACGUGGCCACCACCAGGGACAAGCAGACACCCAUCCAGAAGUUCAGGGAGUGUAGUCGGUUAUUCGGAGAGGAUGGGAUGACCAUGAAGCUGUUCCUCAAGAGGACAGCCCCCUUCUCCAUCUUGUGGACGCUGACUAACUACCUGUACGUGAUGGCCCUGAAGAAGCUGACAGCCACGGAAGUGUCCACGCUGUACUGCUGUCACAAGGCCUUCGUCUUCCUGCUGUCCUGGAUCGUGCUGAAGGACCGCUUCAUGGGUGUACGCAUCGUGGCAGCUAUCAUGGCCAUCACAGGCAUUGUGAUGAUGGCAUACGCCGACGGUUUCCACGGCGAUUCCAUUGUGGGCGUGGCCUUGGCUGUGGGCUCUGCCUCCACAUCGGCUCUCUACAAGGUGCUGUUUAAGAUGUUUCUGGGCAGUGCCAACCUAGGGGAAGUGGCCCACUUCCUGUCCACCAUGGGAAUCUUCAACCUCAUCUUCAUCUCCUGCGUUCCUCUCAUCCUCUACUUCACCAGGGUGGAGCACUGGGGCUCUCUGUCCUCCCUGCCCUGGGGGUACCUGUGUGGGCUGGCUGGGCUGUGGCUGGUGUUUAACAUCCUGGUGAACGUGGGUGUGGUACUCACCUAUCCCAUCCUCAUCUCCAUAGGAACGCUGCUCAGCGUCCCUGGCAACGCAGCCAUCGACGUGCUGAAGCAGGAGGUGUUCAGCGUGGUGCGUCUGGCCGCCACCUGCAUCAUCUGCCUGGGCUUCCUCCUCCUGCUGCUGCCUGAGGAGUGGGACUCGGUCACGCUGCGUUUCCUCGCCGCCGUCGCCGACAAGAAGUCUGAGGACAACGGCGAGGAGCUCACAGAAUCCAGCAUCCACACGCGCAGCCGUAGCCGUGCCAACGGCGCCGUCUCCAUCCCUCUGGCAUGACCCCCCCCUCCCCCGCACGUCCAUCCCGCACGUUUCUCCAGCACCCACCUGGCAGGCGUGGCCAAACAACCGAAGAAGCAUCUGGAGCGGGGAGACCUUUCUUGGGGUUAAGAUGGAGUCAUGUCUCCAGCACCGCUUCCCUGGCCAGGGCGGGAAGAGAGGACUUUUACAGAUUCUGCUGACGAGGAAGUUCAAAACUUCCUUGAUCUCUUUCCCUCGCCCUCGCAGUCCACUCCCCAGCACGUCCCCAGUCCACACAGGCCCGUCUCCCCUCCUCCUCCAUGGACUGUAUUCUGU